UCCCUCUCGACGAACAACUUUCUUCGCAAACUCUAUCGCUGUAGUCUCUGUUCUUCACGCAACGUUUGAAUUCUUAAUGCGUGCAAACGCACAGGUGAGCUCAGAUUGAAUUUACUUCACGAUCAACUUUAUCUUUUAUCUUCGAUUUUCAGUCGUGAUUCAUGAGGUGAAUUAAAACCUUAAGAAACUUUCAACAUGUGUUUAUAAAAAUAUUAGCGCGCUUUCUUAUUGUCGUAUUCUUGUUUCACAUCUAAUAAACGAAAAAGAUAAAAAUCUAAACAAAAAUAAAGAUUAAAUGAUGAAAAAAACACUGACAUCUUUAUAUGUACGUUCUAAACACAAAUCUAAUUAAGAAUUUUAGAGAAAAUUUGAGAAUUAUGCAAAAAAAUUGCGUACAUUUCAAUAUAUAUCAAAGCAUAAUCCAGUAUUUUUAAUUAAAUUUUAACAUUAGAUAUAUUUACAUAUUAUUAUAUACAUGUACAUAUUUUAAGAACCAAUGAUACGUUUCAAGUAUUAGAUAAUGUGAUGUAAGUACGUACAUCACAUUAUGUACACUUUAUCAUUUUAUUAUCCUGCGUAUCGUAGAAGUUAUUUUUAUAUUGUAACAAAGACAAUACCACAUCUAUAAAGCAGGAAAAAACAAAGUUAUAACUUUGCUAGUUGCUCUACGGGUAGAGAAAGUUGGUAGAUAAAAAUACAUAUCAAGAGAAGCAAUCUCUCUGAGAUCAUUGGGUGAUUUUACUUUGAAACUUCAUCGAGCCUAUUCAAGAAUUCCGAACGCACGUUAUUAUCUAUUCAUUUGACAUGACAGUCAAUUGUUCGUAGCGCAAGCGCAUUUACGUACCGAGUUAUCCUCUGGACUGGUAGGCAGCUCGCUGCCAUCAGUGAUGAAGAAAUACGCGUCCAGUUGUUACGCACGUUUUGCAUCACGUAGGACAAAACCGAUACGUCUCGAAGUCGUACUUUAUAAAAAUGCACGAUAGACUCAGGCUAGAAAUGUACCCAAAUAAAAAUUACGAGAACGACAUAAAAUACACUACACAAUUAAAUCGCGUCAUUUGCAACCUAUUAGGUAUCUGGCCGGAUAUAGAAACCUCGUUUCUUAAAAAUUUCAAGAACGUCUCGCUGAUAUUGAGCUGCAUUUUCCUUCUCAUUACCGAGUUAAUUCCAACAAUCCUGUAUGUAGUGUACAUAGAGAAACGAUUCCGCAUCAGAAUGAUACUCAUACCAUCCAUAAUGUUCACGACUUCAGCGGUUAUCAAGUACUUCAGCCUGAUGCUUAACAAGAACCAAGUGGGAAACUGUCUGACGCAAGUGAAGGACGAUUGGCGAAAUGUCGUAAGUGCGAGCGCACGUCGUUCUAUGAUUAACAAAGCCAGGACUGCAAGGCAUUUGAUCGUUCUCUGCUGCAUAUUCAUGUAUUCUGCCGGCUUUUAUUUUCGUACGAUAGUGCCGCUAUACAAGGGAAAAUCCGUCACCGAUCAGAAUAUCACUAUCAGGCAUUUACCAUGCGCAAGUUAUUUUAUUCUGUUCAAUGGGCAGAUCAGUCCCGCGUACGAAAUCAUAUUCUUUAUGCAGUUCGCCUCUGGAUUUAUCAAAUACACCAUCACGGUGGCGAUCUGUAGCCUCGCCGCUCUUUUCGUUAUGCAUGUAUGCGGACAGCUGGAAAUAUUGAUGGCACUAAUAGAAAAUCUGGUAAAUGAAACGGACGAAAAGAAUUUGGACAGGAUGCUGGGUAUGGCCGUGGAACAUCAAAUCAAGAUGCGGAAUUUCUUACGAUUGGUGCAGAGCACUUUGGAACAUACCAGCUUGUUAGAAAUAACGGGAUGUACGAUAUUUAUAUGUCUUCUAGGACACAGUAUUAUCACGGAAUGGGAAAAUCAAAAUGUUGUAUCUAUGUGCUCCUACGUUAUUCUGCUCACGUCAAUGAGCUUCAACAUUUAUAUCUUUUGUUUUAUCGGUGAACAACUUUCCAUAGAGGGAGAGAAAUUAGCAGUUACAGUGUGUACGUUGGCCUGGUACCGUUUUCCAAAUGCGAAAGCACGAGAACUGAUAUUGGUCAUAGCCAUGUCGAUUGUCCCAACAAAACUUAAAGCUGGGAAGUUCUUCGAACUCUCCAUUAGAACUUUCGGUGAUGUAAGUAACGGGUAUUUUCGUAAAUACGAUAGACUCACGCUAGAAAUGUAUCCGAAUAAAAAUUACGAGAACGACAUAAAAUACACUACACAAUUAAAUCGCGUCAUUUGCCGCCUAUUAGGUAUCUGGCCGGAUACAGAACCCUCGUUUUUUAAAAAUCUCAAGAGCGUCUCACUGAUAUUGAGCUGCUCCUUCCUCCUCGCUAGCGAGCUAAUCCCAACAAUCCUGUACGUAGUGUUCAUAGAGAAACGAUUCCGCGUCAGAUUGAAGCUCAUAUCAUCCAUACUGUUCACGACAACGGCAGUUCUCAAGUACUUUACCCUGGUGCUUAGUAAGAACCAAGUGAGAAACUGUCUGACGCGAGUGAAGGACGAUUGGCGAAAUGUCGUAAGCGCGAGCGCUCGUCAUUCUAUGAUUAACAAAGCCAGGACUGCAAAACGUUUGCUCAUUCUCUGCGGCAUAUUCAUGUAUACUUCCGGUUUGUAUUUUCGUACGAUAGUGCCGCUGAGCAAGGGAAAAUCAGUCACCGAUCAGAACAUCACGAUCAAGCAUUUACCAUGCCCAAGUUAUUUUGUUCUGUUCAAUGGGCAGAUCAGUCCCGCGUACGAAAUCAUAUUCUUUAUACAGUUCUUCUCUGGAUUUAUUAAAUACACCAUCACUGUGGCGAUCUGUAGCCUUGCCGCUCUUUUCGUUAUGCAUGUAUGCGGACAACUGGAAAUAUUGAUGGCACUAAUAGACAAUCUGGUAAAUAAAACGGAAGAAAGGGAUUUAGACAGGAUGCUGGCUAUGACCGUAGAACAUCAAAUCAAUAUGCGGAAUUUCUUACGAUUGGUGCAGAGCACUUUGGAACAUACCAGCAUGUUAGAAGUAACGGGAUGUACGAUAAUUAUAUGUCUUCUAGGACACGAUAUUAUCACGGAAUGGGAAGAUCAAAAUGUUGUAUCUAUGUGCUCCUACAUUAUUCUGCUCACGUCAAUUGGCUUUAAUAUUUAUAUAUUUUGUUUUAUCGGUGAACAACUUUCCGUAGAGGGAGAGAAAUUAGCAAUAACAGUAUGUACGUUGGCUUGGUACCGUCUUCCGAAUGAGAAAGCACGAGCACUGAUAUUAGUCAUAGCUAUGUCAAUUGUCCCAACAAAACUUAAAGCUGGGAAGUUCUUUGAUCUCUCCAUUAGAACUUUCGGUGAUGUAAGUAACGGGUACUUUUUAGUCAAAUAUUAUAAACAAAAAUGUGUACUACAUUCUUUCAGGUCGUUAAGAUGGCUGUGACAUAUCUUAAUUUUAUUCGGAAAAUGAUGGAAUAAUAAUACGACGUUUUACAAAAAUAUCUGUAUUUUUUGGUAGAGAUAGAGAUCUAAUAGAAACAUUAAUUAUUACCACACAUAUUAAUAUAAGAAUAAAAGUAUUGAACUAAAGAAAUGUGACAAAAAUUUAUCCUAAUUUAAGCACACUUGAGAAAAAUGACAUAAUUUGCGAACGUCAAACAUCUUUUCAAUUUUGAUUAGAUUUUUAUAACUUAUGCUAAUAAAACUAAGAGGAAUUGGCAUUAAUAUAAA